AUGUGUGCCCUGUUUGUUGUCUGUUUGUUGUGCGUGCUGUGCAUGGGUUGGGCGGAGGAGGAGGAGCUGAAUGUGCGUCGCAUUAUGAAGGAGCUGGCUGUGAUACCCGAUGUGCUCAAGGAGCCGCCGCAGGAGCUGCUAAAGCUGCGCUUUGAGAGCGGCAUCGACAUCGAGGAGGGCAAGACGUACACGCCUACAGAGCUCAAAUUCCAGCCGAAACUCGAUUGGAAUGUCGAUACGGAAUCCUAUUAUACGAUCAUAAUGCUAAGUCCCGAUGCGCCCAGCCGCGAGUAUCCCAUCUAUCGCUCCUGGCUCCACUGGCUGGUGGUCAAUGUGCCCGGCUUGGAUGUGGCUAAGGGUCAACCGCUAUCCGAAUACUUUGGUCCGAUGCCGCCCAAGGACAGCGGCCUCUUGCGCUACGUGGCGCUCGUCUACAAGCAGUCGGACAAACUGGACUUUGAGGAGAAGAAAAUGGAGCUGAAGAGCGCCGAGGAUCACAGCAAUUUUGAUUUGGAGAAAUUCACAAGGAAAUACGACAUGAACGUCCCCUGCGCCGGCAAUGUAUUUCAAUCCAAGUGGGAUGACUAUGUGCCGGAGCUGAUGAAGAUGCUGUACGAUAUAAGUGAGUGAAGCACUAGAGCACGUUUCCAAAAAUUUGGUGUAGGGUUCCUGUACUAU